ACUGCCUACGCUUCCUGCAGCAUAGGCACCAACCCCGAGAAGAGCCUCCCGGAUCGGCUCGAGGCCAUCUCCAACGCAGCAUUCCAGGCCAUUGAGCUGUCCAUGCCCGAUCUCGUAUCCUUUGCAAACGAGCACUUCAAGACGAAAGACAUCGAUGACCACGCUUUCGACAAGCUUGAACAAGCAGCCCAGGCGCUCAAGAAGAUUCUUGACCAGAAUAAGUUGACAGUCUUCAUGAUGCAGCCAUUCGCAAACUAUGAAGGUUGGGAGCACGGUUCUGCAGAGUACAAAGAUGCUUGGGAGCGAGUCGAAGGCUGGACGAAGAUUAUGAAGGCCGUAGACUGCGAUAUGCUGCAGGUGGGGUCGAGCGAUAGCCCUGAGGAGAAGAUUGGCAAGGACAGGCAGAGAUUCGUCACAGAUUUGCAGCAUCUUGCGGACCAUCUGGGCAAGAAGGGACAGAGGAUCGCAUAUGAGAACUGGUGUUGGAGUACGCACGCCCCUAAUUGGGAGGAUGUGUGGGAUAUCUGUCGUCAGGUGGAUCGAGAGAACUUUGGGCUAUGCUUGGACACGUUUCAGAGUGCCGGGGGAGAAUGGGGAGAUCCCACGACCAAAAGCGGACUCAUCGAAGAUGGUCGUACACCCGACCAAGUAGAGGCGGACUGGAAGAAGAGCUGCGAUAAACUAACAAAGACCAUCCCCAAGGAGAAGAUCUAUCUGCUACAAAUUAGCGAUGCGUAUAAGAUGGAAGACCCCAUGGAGAAGAAGGACAUCGAUGGACUCAGAGCACGAGGACGCUGGAGCCAUGACUUCAGGCCCCUGCCAUUCCAGGGAUACUUGCCUACAGUAGAUUUUGCACGGGCGGUAUUGCAGACGGGAUUUCGAGGCUGGUUCUCGUAUGAAAUCUUCGAUGGAGGGAAGAAUGGAAAAUGGGAGAACAAAUAUGAGCUGGGGCCGUUUGCCAGAAAGGCAAUGGAUACGCAGAAAAAACUGCUCCAAGCAGUGGUGAAAGAUGCAUAGGUGCACUACCACCUGCCGGCACCUACAGGACAGUAUACAGUGAAGGAUGCUGUCAAAUUUUCAUUCACGGCCGAUGGGAGCAGACAUAAGUGUCCACGAUAUUCAUUUCAUGACUCUCCGAAUUUACAAGACCUUACUGUCUACUAUCAAAUCACGAUGACUCCGGAGCAACGAGCUGCUUUCGAAGGCACGCGCGGCGGGGACCUCGUUCUGAUCACGACUCCAGAGGGCUCGACCACACCAGCCUACGGAAAUGCUCGUCUUCUUCUCGUUGAAUCCGUGCGUACAGUGGGCAUGAGGACGCGACGUACCGUAUAUGUACGCGGAUCAGGGAGCAUCGGCUCGCAAGACUGGAUCACAUAUCAGCGAAGUCCAGCACUGUUCUGGCGCAAUUUCCAAAUGGGCCAGCCAGUCACUGCUAUUGACCUGUUGCUCUCCGACGAAGACCAAGUGCUGUCACGACCAACCUUUGACGACCUCUACCACCCCUUCUUCGGCGGAGACUGCCCCUUUGUCUACUGUCACGAUGGCCUCGUCAAUGUCAGUAGCGCGACUCGCAUCGUACUCCGCGACACGGCAGAAGCUGCUCGACGCCAUGGCUCCAACAUGAAGACCAUUUGCCCCUUCUGCAUGGGCACCGCACUAUACCGCGACCACGAAAGGGAAGUCGAAAGAACGACUGUUGUAGCUAGUAGUCCAUCGACCUUUCGUCACGACGAAGAGGACGCCAUCAGAACCGAACAUCUCGGUCGAAUCCACGCCCGGAGAUCCGAGCUAGGCUACUCUCCACUAGCACAGGACACUCCUCUGAACAAUCUCACACGCGAAACUGCGGACAUCAUCCUCUUUAGCGUCGCUCUAUCCGAUCUCGAACACAUCGCCGCACUCGAAUCUACAUCUACCCCUGAAGCGAACCCAGAACCCCCAGAUGAGAGAUUCACACAACCCAUGUGGAUCCCUAUCCUCGACACCUUCACUCCACACCCCGAAGAAGCUCCUCCCAGCAUAAGAGACAUAAUGAACAAUUUCGCCACAAACUCCCCUCCCUCAAGUAACCGCCCUGCCAUACCACACCUGCCUCUCCCACCACCUCCUCCCGUCAUCAUCACCGCACCUGUACAGCAUCCUGGAUCAGUCACCCCAAAUUUCCGCGCGAGAGAAUGCUUUGCCGCUGGCACUGCCUUGGCAGCACUCGACACUGCGGCACUCGGCGAACAAUACUUUGGAAAUGAUGCAGCAUGGUAUCGCGACAAAAUUCCCUUUUUUGAGAUUUCCGACUCGGAUAUUCAAGAUGUCUAUUACUAUCGAUGGAAAAUCUUCCGCGCGCAUCAACGAGAUUUGGGCGAACGGGGCUAUGUCUCGACUGAGUUCCUGGACGAUGUGGGCUGGCAACUGGAGCCAUGGGCAACACUGAACGAUGCUACUGGUUUUCAUCUCGGAGAGGGACGAUGGCUACGAGAUCGACGCUAUUCGGACGACUACAUCCGUCACAUGUAUAAUGGCGGCAAUGAUCGUCAUUUCACCGAUUGGAUGGCAGACUCGGUGUGGCAACGAUAUCUGGUCGACGGCGACAAGGCAGCAAUCACUACACAUCUCAACGCCAUGACCAACCUCUUCACCCAGUGGAACGAUGCGUUGGACACCAGCAAGGGACUCUAUUGGCGUGAGCCACUGGCAGAUGCGACCGAGUAUACCAUCUCCAGUAUCGAUGCGUCUGGGGGCCAAGAUGGGUUUCGGGGGGGCGAAGCCUUCCGGCCCACAAUCAACUCCUACAUGUGGGCGAAUGCGAUUGCCAUUGCCAAUGUUGCCGAAUUGGCAGGCCAGAGCAGUGUAGCAUCCGACUAUCGCGCCAAAGCUGCAAACAUCAAAUCCCGAUUUCAAGCGGAUAUCUGGAACUCGACUCUCGAGCACUUUAUCGAUCGCCACCAGACGUCCAACGAAUACGUGCAAUACUACCAGCCCAUUCGUGGUCGAGAGCUCGCAGGCUAUGUCCCUUGGAUGUUCGGCAUGCCAGACAACAACGACAAAUACAACCAAGCAUGGAAACAUCUUCGAGACAGCAACAAAUUCCAAGGCUCGAAUGGGCUGCGCACGGUAGAGCCAUCGUACGAAUACUACAUGCGUCAAUACCGCUACGAAGGCAGCCGACGCGAAUGUCAAUGGAAUGGUCCCGUGUGGCCGUAUCAAACUACACAAGUUCUCUACGGCAUGGCCAAUCUUUUGAAUUCCUACAAUCAAUCCCUCAUCACCAAAAUAGACUAUCUCGAGGAACUACAGACUUAUACCCGUCUCCACACCUGGAACAACAAACUCAAUCUCGAAGAAGACUACGAACCCGACACGGCCGGUCCCAUAGUCGGUCUCGCCCGCUCUCCUCACUACUUCCACUCGGGCUACAACGACCUGAUAAUUUCCGGUCUCGUAGGCCUCCGACCGCGAGCCGACAACACCCUCGAAAUCCACCCUCUAAUCCCUUCCAAUUCCAUCUCCUAUUUCCGCCUCCAAAACCUCCUCUAUCACGGCCACAACAUCUCCAUCCAAUGGGACUCUUCAGGAAACAAAUACAACCAAGGCCCCGGUCUCCUCAUCGAAAUCAACGAACAAGUCCUCGCCACAUCCCCAACUCUAUCUCGCAUCACAGCCCAACUCCCUUCUUCUCAAGCCAACGUCCCCGCAAUCCAAAGAUCUAAAACUACCAAAUCCAUCCAACUCCAACUCGGCCAAUUCCCCCAAGGUUCCGCAUCCAGCAACACCGACCCCUCAAAUCUCCACGACGCAAUCGACGGCCGAAUCUGGUUUUGGUCCGAACUCCCCAAUGGUUGGUCUUCUUCCUCCACCCCUUCCGCUUCCACACAACAUUACACGAUAACUUUCAGCGCUGCGACAUCUCUAACGGGUUGCGAACUCGCGUUUUACGACGACGGGUCCGAGUUUGCGGUACCCGCGGAUUAUGAAAUUCUGCGGUGGGAAAAUUCUUCGUGGAUGAAAAUUGAGGGCGAAGGGGCGAGUGGGGAACGGCCGGUGGCGAAUGGGAUUACGAAUGUUGGAUGGAGGGAGUUGAGGACGGAGAGGUUGAGGGUGCAGUGGAGACAGGAGGCGGGGAAGAGGACGAGGUUGGUGGAGUUUAAGGCUUUUUAA